CUGGUGUGGUGCUGCGAACGAGUUGCCAUCCUGCAGUUUUGUAUAGUAAUGAAAAUUUCGUUGGAGUAGUUUCGACCUGUCUUUUAAUUUUAAUGCAACGUAUUUGUUUUGAAUACGGUUAAACAGUAAUUUACUUUUUAGGCUUGUGUGCUUUGAAGUUAAGCCUGUUGGUGGUGGUAAUGUACCACAAAGUUGUCGACCAACGAACAUAGAAGAAGAAAACACGGAAGUGUCAAACAGCAACAUGUAGAUGCAUGCUCGUAUCUCCAAAACAAGUCUUUGGCUUUUGGUUUGGAAGUUUAUGUAAUUAUUUUGUUAUGCCGUCUGCGCAAAAUAACACAAUGGCGUCUGACAGACCACAAUGUUCGUGUUGCUCCAACCCAGUCACCUCUCCCAGUGUUUACCAGACCCUGAGUGAAAUGGAUUUUGAACGAGGUAUCUGGUCUGCUGCAAUGGAUGGGGACUUGGAGAGGGUCAAGUCUUUAAUCCAGAAGGGCACAGACCCUAAUUUGAGAGACUCUGCUGGAUACACAGCUCUGCACUAUGCAAGUCGCAGUGGCCAUCGCACUGUCUGCAAGUGUCUUCUUGAGAAUGGUGCUUGUGCAUCUCCCCAGACACCAGGCGGUGCCACGCCACUCCAUCGAUCAGCCUACUGCGGUCAUCUGGAUGUGGUCAGACUCCUGCUGCAGCACAGAUCAGAUCCAAUGCUCUGUGAUGACGACGGGUCUUCUCCUCUACAUAAGGCUGCAGAACGAGGUCAUGAAGAGGUGUGUCGGCUGCUGCUAGAGAACUGUGCAGCGCUCUGCAGCAAGGUGAACAACAGACUCCAGCUUCCCUUCCAGCUGGCACCCCAGGGGGACCUGCAGGAGCUCCUAAAAGCACAUCGGUGACGACAGACACAAUGCAUCGCUUACAUGCAAUUGACUUAAGCUCAAAACAUACUAGGUUAGGUCAGGAUCACACUCAUCUUCACCUGGAAACACCUUCUUUGUUUUCUAAGGCUGCAACAAUUCAUGAUAAGUUGUCAAUCUUUUCUAAAAGCCAACUAUUUUCAUCAUCAAAUAAUAAGUUUGGGUAAAAAAAGAUAAUAUUCUCUGAUUCAGCAUUUUAAAUAUGAUUGUUUUCUGGUUUUAUUGACGUAUUUUAGAGUUGUGGACAAGACAAGACAUUUAAGGGCAUUAUCUUAUCUGAACGACCACCAUUUUUUCCUCACCAUUUCGGUCAUCAUUUUUCUUUUAUUGAAGAUACUAUUUUGACCUUUUUACAUUAAUUAGUAAGAAGGAAAGAUGGACAAGAAAAGGAAAGAGAACUGGGACAACAUGCAGCAAAUUAAAAAUGAUUCAUCAAUGAAUAAUAAUCUUUAGUUUCAGCCCUUUUUUUCCUCCCUUGAACAUCAGCAAAGAGCCACUGAAAAAAACUGUGAGGAUACAACCUUAUAUUGCUAGCUUCAUACGAUAAACAUCCUGUUUUGGAUUUCUAGUUUACAUUUUUGCAGUAACUUCGCCUCCUCAGCCAUAUAAACAUGUACAAAAAAACACCACCACUGUCCUGCAUCUGUUACUGCUCGACUCCUAUCAGGCCGUCGUCAAAUUGAUAAUAAUUCUGUAUAAGACAGCAACGUUUGCUCUUACUGUAACUUUAAUGAUUGUUUUCUUUGAACAUGUGGCAAGUUUAUGUUGUAUUAAAACUGGAGGCCAACAUCUGGGUUAUGUUGUUUAACUUU